AUGCCUUCAUACUCCAAGUUCUUGAAAGACAUUCUCACCAACAAGAGGAAGCUUAAUGAUGAGCUUAUCACUCUUCCCCAUCAAGUGAGUGCGCUUGUUGAACACAAAAUGCCCAAGAAGCUAAAGGAUCCGGGAAGUUUCACUCUACUGGUCAAUAUUGGGAACAUGGAAGCUAGGGGUGCCUUAGCCGAUCUUGAAGCAAGUGUUAUUUUGAUCCCUCUAUCCAUCGCUCAAAAGCUUAAUAUCGAGAUGAUCCCCACAAGGAAAACCAUUCAAUUGGCCGACCGUUCGGUGAAGCUACCUUGUGUGAUGGACAUGGAAGAGGAUGUGGAUACUCCCUUGAUUUUGGGUCGUGAAGCUCUUAAGACCUUGGGGGCGGUGAUCAAUUGCAAGAACAAUACCAUUACAUGUGAGGUAGCUGAUGAGAAAAAUUGUCUUUGA